CAUACGGCCGGAAGAAUCAAAAGAAACCAGGAAAAAAGCGUACACAACCUUUCGAGCAUAUAUUUUCCGAUGGACGACCCGACCGGAGCUUCUCCGCAGACCACUUCUGAGGCGGUCGACGAUCAAACGGUUGAGCUUGACCUUUCUUCUGAUGUACUCGAUCUCAGCAGCUUCCAACUCCACGAUCUCGACUCCAUCGAGUUACCUCCGAAUCUAACCGAGUUGGACCUCACGGCAAACCGGUUGUCGAGUCUGGACCCUCGAAUCGCAAACCUCUCGAACCUCAAGAAGCUCUCUCUGCGCCAAAACCUCAUCGAAGAUGCCGCCGUCGAACCCAUCUCUAGCUGGCACGCCUUGUCGGAUAUUGAGGACUUGAUUUUCAGGGAUAAUAAGUUGACAAAAAUACCUGAUGUUAGCAUAUUCAAGAGUCUUCUGAUUUUUGAUGUUUCUUUCAAUGAGAUUACUACUUUACAUGGAUUAUCUAAGGUCAGCAACACCCUCAAGGAGCUUUAUGUAUCUAAAAAUGAAGUUCUUAAGAUAGAAGAGAUAGACCACCUUCAUGAAUUGCAAAUUCUUGAACUUGGUUCCAACAGAUUGCGGGUGAUUGAAAAUUUGGAAAAUUUGAAAAAUUUACGAGAGUUGUGGCUGGGGAGGAAUCGCGUAAAGGUAGUUAAUUUAUGUGGGCUGCAAUGCAUCAAGAAGAUUAGCUUGCAAAGUAAUCGAUUAACUUCUAUGAAAGGAUUUGAGCAAUGUGUUGCUCUAGAAGAACUAUACUUGAGUCACAAUGGGAUUUCGAAAAUGGAAGGCUUGUCUUCCUUAGUCAACCUACGUGUAUUGGAUGUUUCAUCAAAUAAGCUAACUUCUGUGGAUGACAUAAAAAAUCUGACACAAUUGGAAGACCUAUGGCUGAAUGACAACCAAAUAGUGUCACUGGAUGCCAUCGCUGAUGCUGUUGCUGGUUCGAAAGAUAAACUUAUUACCAUCUACCUUGAAAACAAUCCAUGUGCUAAGUCUCCCAACUAUUCUACUAUUUUGAGACAAAGUUUUCCAAAUAUCCAACAGAUUGAUUCCAAUAUCUAUGGUUAGAAGAUUUCAUGGCAUUGGCUUCUAUCAAGGCAGCUUUCUUUAAAGGCCGAGAACCAUAGCUGGUUUAGGAAUGGUUCAGAAGGCUUAGCGUGUUCCAGACUUAUAGGCGGCGGACAUGGUGCAAAUAAUGAGUCACUCAGCAUGGAUGAUCUAAAAUGUGAAUUUUAUACCAUGAUUUUCAAUUAUGUUUUCCUUUAUUAAUCACCUUUCAAUUUUUUUUUUGGCUGGCAAAGUUUGAGGAGUAGAUUGGAUGAACUUCAUCCUUUUUAUUAUUCAACGUGAUGAUUCUCAUUCGUUUUGAAUGAGUGCAUGCUUCAUAUGCUUUCAUAACCGUUUUGUGUAUUGAAAGCUUUCUUUUUAUUUGUUUGGUGCUUAAACGUGUGAUUACGAGAAGGAUUAAUAAGAUUGGAUAAUUUUUAUAA